AUGGCUCUUUCUGAGACGUGGGUACAGUUUGUAAUGGCCGCCACUCUUCCCUGCUCCACAGACCAGGCAAGCAUCCAGGCCGCCUCCCUGCCUGGCACUGACGGCUGUCUGGCCUCCCUGAGGGUCCCUGCAGGACUGGACACGGCGUGUGCUGGCAGGAGGGGUGCUGCGGUGGAGGUCGUGAGGCCGGGCAGCAGCAUGAGCGGCCAGCAGCGGCGGCAACAGCGGCAACAGCAGCAGCAACCAGCCUCAGGUGUGGGGAGGCACAGAUGUGGUGGCAAGAAUCACCUGGAGGCAGGCAGCUCUGUCCACAGAGGAGAGAGCAAGUUUGAGUGCCAGCAGUGUGACAAAACUUUUUUAUCCAGACAAGGCCUUGACUACCACACCCUGACACACCGUGGUGUUAGAAAUUAUGAGUGUGGUGAGUGUCACAAGAAAUUUACCACAAAGUCUCACCUCACCAGACACACCCUGACACACAGUGGUGUUAGAAAUUAUGAGUGUGAUGAGUGUAGCAAGAAAUUUACCACAAAGUGUCACCUCACCAGACACACCCUGACACACAGUGGUGUUAGAAAUUGUGAGUGUGAUGAGUGUGGCAAGAAAUUUACCCGAAAGUCUUCCCUCAACACACACACCCUGACACACAGUGGUGUUAAAAAUUAUAAGUGUGAUGAGUGCCAGGCAGAGCCCAGGCUGCACGCCCUGCUCACUGCCAACCAAUCUUGUGUCCGACUUCCGCGAGGGUCCCUGCAGAUUUGGCUGCGGCGUGUGCUGGCGAGAGUGGUGCUGUGGGGGAGGUUGUGA